ACCCGGAAGCGGAAGUAAAUCCCGGCUCUUAAGGAAAAAAAAUUCGGUUGUGAAAAUAAUUAAUAUAUAAACAAAGCAAUCGUUGUAAAAUCGAAAGCCUAUCGCAAUAAUCACGUAAUAAAAUACAAUGUAAGUGUUUGCAUAUUUACAUUUUUUAUAAACGGAUCAACAAUAACAUUUAUUUACUGUAUAUAUUCCUAAAAAUGUAAACAACCUCCCCCCCCCCCCCAAAAAAAAAAAAAAAAAAAAAAAAAAAGAAAAAACCCCCCCCCCCCCCCAAAAAAAAAAAAAAAAGAAAUAAACAAACUGGAAUCGGAAUUGACAAAAGAAUUUAGAUUUCUUUGUUUGUUGUGGUUUUUCUUACAAAGUAACAUUUCUUUUAGUUUAGGCCUACUUUAAAAUGAUUGCCCAAACUCUAUCCUUCACUGGUUGCAAGGGCUAAUCAGCAGUGGUGUUAUGAACAUAGAUAUUUGGGCAAUCCUCCGAAAUCCAGCCCCAAAUUAUUUCGUAUGAAAAAAACUGCAAUGCGCAGUGUGUAUUGUUUGAAAACAGCAGAUAUGUCAGUCAUAGCUUUUGUAAAUAACUGUAACUUUACAAACCAGUCAUUAAAUACUAAAUUUUGGCACAUAGCAUUUGCUAAUACCAGCCGAAAACGUUCUGCUGGUGACUGUUGCGCCACUGAAAGGCCCCAACUGGCAAGCAGAUCGCGACUAGCGGGCCUACCACUCUGAUAGCUGAGUUUACGUUUUGCUUGCAUCCAAAGUCCUUCAAUAGUGUGAAUCUCCUGGUCUACUGGAUCAACAAAUUCACGCUCGUGCACAAUGACAGCGUGAGCAUAAAUCCCGUUGUUAGGUACUUUGACACAAAAUUUAAAUAUUGUCUGAUUGCCAUGAAUGAUACAUCAUUUUAAAGGGCUAGUUGUAAGCUUUACAACAACAGCACCAAUUUCAUCUUUCUAUCUUUUAUAGAAGUGGAGUUAUGAUUUUUUUAGUCAAAUUUUUUUGCCCCUUAUAUAAUCUAUAUAUUUUACCCCCAAAACGUGUGACCCAAAUUUCACAUUUCUGCAUAAUUUUGCCCACAUAAAUCCCGUUGUUAGGUACUUUGACACAAAAUUUAAAUAUUGUCUGAUUGCCAUGAAUGAUACAUCAUUUUAAAGGGCUAGUUGUAAGCUUUACAACAACAGCACCAAUUUCAUCUUUCUAUCUUUUAUAGAAGUGGAGUUAUGAUUUUUUUAGUCAAAUUUUUUUGCCCCUUAUAUAAUCUAUAUAUUUUACCCCCAAAACGUGUGACCCAAAUUUCACAUUUCUGCAUAAUUUUGCCCACAACAUUUUUAUUUUUAAAGAUAAUUGCACCAAAUUUUCAGGUGACAUUCCUAAUCUAAUAACCAACACAACGAACAAUAUAAAUUUUACAUUACAUCAAGACUUUUUAUUUUGGAUAAUUUUAUUCCAGGUAUGUUGAGAAAAUCAUGUGUCAAAAAAUUUGGAAAAAUUAUUAAUUGUAAAGGCAAAAACAAAAGAAAUUACAUGUUGAUUGUAUUUAAACUAAAUUUAUGAUUCAGUUAUAUUGUAAAUAAAUUCUUAUCUUUAUAAAAGGUAAGUAGAAGUCUUUUUUACUACAAAAUUAAAUGCAUGAAAUUAUAAAAACUAUUCAAAUCAACCACCACGACACUAAUAUAUGAGCAUACAGGUAUGUGAUUAAAUUUUAAAAGGGAAUGGGGCUGUUCUGCCUAUUAUUUUCUAUGUAGACUCCUUUAAUGUAAAGUUUACAGACUUCUUGGUCUUGUUGAUGAAUCACAAAAUUUCUCCUUCAUAAACUUUGUCUUGAGACUUCUUCUUCUUAUAUUUGAGGGGCCCACGAUCAAUUUGUUGAUCAUUAUGGCUCCUGGUUUUAAUUCAGAGUUUGCCUUCUCUUAGAUGGGUUGCCGUCCAAGGCUAACGAGUCCCAUCCACCCGGGGUGCUGGGGAUGUUGGCUUUAAUGGGGAUUGAACUCCGGACCACUGGCGCCACUGCUAUUUGGUUUGAGACAGUUUAGACCGCUCGGCCACCCAGCACCCAUCUUAGCCAUCCUCGUCCAUAUAUGCCUUACUGUUGAUGGAAGUGGAAUAAAUUCCACAAAAAUCUUCUCUUCAACUUCAAUCGAAAAUUAAAAAUUUUCCCUUGUACCUGAAAGACGACUAAAAAUAACAUCUAAUCAUAAUCCUCAAUAUUCACAAUUUCUUGUUUCUUUUUAAUAAUAUUCAUUUUAUGUGGUGAUUAAAACUCAUUUCUUUUUUGUAAAUUUUAAUAUUAAAUUUAUUGUAAUUUGAUAUAUUAAAUAAUUGUUUAUGUAAACUGCUUUUCUAUGUCCUAAUUCUAAUUAAAAAAAAUUAUUUCUAUGAUGAUGAUGUAGUAUCAGAAUGCUAUAUUAACUUAACAAUAAUUUAAAAUUCAUAAUUAAAUUUAAAAAUUACUAACUUUAAUUAAAUUAGGCUUGCAACUGCAAAUGUGUUUUAAAUAUUAGUAUUUAUUAGCCUAAAUUUAGAUACUAGGCCUAAAUAGACUUAAUAGGAUUACCGAUAAAAUAGCAGUUAUUGUAUGCCUAAUUUUUGCAAUAUUCUCCCAUAUGAAUAGUAAUUUAUAAGAGAAUAACAAUUAUUUUAUUAUUACUAUUAUUUAACAAUUAAUUAUUCAUUUAAUAAUGAAGAACGGUGGUAGAACUAGAACGGAUAAAUUUGGUACCCGGUGAACAAAACUAUUUAAAUUUAACUGUAAUUAUGUAAUUUAUAAACUAAAAAGCAAUCCAUAGACCCAAAACUUUUCAAGUUUGGUUAAAAUCUUUUCUUAUUUAUAUAAAAAAAAAAGUAUUCAUUUAAAACGUAUUAGAAUUAUUCAGAUGAUUAGGGAUUAAACAAAAAAGGAUCACUGCAUAAUUGACAGUAAUAAUAGCAAUAUCCGGUAACUCGAUCGCAUAAAAUUAACUUUCGAUUCAGCGACAUUUUCAUACCCCCACCUACACUUUAGGGGGAGGCAUAACUUUUCAAGGAGAACGCCGAUUUUAAUCAUUUAAAUAUGUUAAUACUCACGAAUGAAUGUAGUUUCUAAAGCACUAAACAUCUUUCUAAAUCCAUAAAUAACAAAAAAGUAUUAUGUGAUAAACUUACCGAAUGGUUACGAUGUUCCUGUCCGUGACACAAAAAAAACAAAAAAAACUCGUAUUAUAAAUCAAUAUAUCACCGGAACGCAAAAACUGAUACGUCACUGAUGAGGAAAGCAUUAUUUAAUAAACAAAGGUGACGUAGUAUGCAAUUUUCCAAAGAUACCGUGUGGCCGUACGCCAUAUUGUAGAACAUGUUUUUUCGACAUUUUAGGACUUGCGCAGAACGGUGCGUGAACAAGUAUUGUUAUCCCUACCGUUGUUGAGCUGAUCGACAUUUUGAUAUCCUCGCCAAGCGUCCAUGACGGUAGUUAUUCCUGGUAACACAUGAUUAGUGAUAAUGCACAUCUGGACGGCCAACAACCUCCAUCUAACAUUGUCCACUAACGCAAACAUGAGUUUCAAAACAGAAUGAUGCCCAAGACUUUUAAGUAAGGAUUAAUCAUUGGAAAUAAUUUGGGACCGGACUUCGGAGGAUUGCCGAUAUUUGUAUCUAUGUACUAUGUAGUCUUCAUUGUAAUAUGUAAAUUGCAGUGGGUAGAACUAUUCACUAGUAUUGUAUAGAAUUAUUUUAUUGUGGUGGGUAGAUUAGACCACUACGUCUAUUAAAGUACAGUAGAUAUUUCGAUGAAACAAGGGAGAUUACUACUUUUUGUGUAUUGGAAAUGGGCCUCGGCGCCGAAAAAAUUACAUUUUUAAUUUUCUGAUGUGUGUGGCUAUUUAUUAUUAAAUUAGUUCUUUCGACAUAUAUUUGAGUUCCGUUUCCGGCCUUAUAAUUUGGAGGACAUCUUGGCCUACAUUUCUAGCCAGCUAUUUUGCUUUUUUCAAUCGACCUUUAUUUUGAAAAUCUUUGGUAUAUAUAAGGCAUCUUUGCAUACAAAAUUUUUUGUGAAAUAAUAAUAUAAGGCCCUUUUUGAUUAAAUCUGUAUAAGCAUUAGAUAUUUAUCUAUAUCUGUGCCAAGUUUCAUUGAUGUAGGUCGUGUCUCACGUUCGUUACGCUUCUCACAGUGGCGCAUAUCACUAUAAAGUGGCUCAGCCUAAUUUUGACAUUGGCAACCAUUCACAGCCACUUGCAUAACGGCCACACCCCCUUUUUAAUUGCAGAAGUUGCCGAUGCUUAAGAAAUAUUUAAUUAUUACCACUAUAUACAUAAAAAUAUUUUAUAUUUUGUGUUUCAGAAUGCAUUUUGAAGACAUUCAAACUGGAAUGUUUUAAUUUGAGCUUUAAAAACCCUGUAGAGUCCAUAUUAUAAAUGAUCAGAAUUUUUCCUGUGCAACCCAUUGUCAUUGGCAACCAUUCACAGCCAUUUGCAUAACGGCUAUAUCCUAGUACUAUCUCAGAGUUUCAUUCAUUAGACUUUGCCGUGUGCUAAAACUAUUAAACCAUUGGUCAGGGAAAGCUUUAAUUAAUUAUUCAUGUGCCAAAGUUGAAAGUUUAAAAUAAGUCGACCCUAAACAGUAUUUUAGUGAUAAAAGGAAUGCGUUGCCUUAUAUAAACUAUAUAAGUCAUUGCGCAUGACGCGAUCAGCGGAAUGAGAUCACAGAAUGUGGAGAUGCAGUCCAUGUUAAAAAAGGACAAACCAAGUCGUACUUUAAAAAUUCAUAACUUUAAAACUACGACAGCUAAAAAUAUGAUUUUGGUGUUAUAAUUCUGUAAAAAAAAUUAGCUCUAUUCAACUAUGCCAUUGGUUUAUUUUUACAAAAUGUUAAAAUUUUUGACCAAAGUAUCUACAGUAUAGGUAUAACAUACUAGAGGGCAGAUUAAGCCCUGCAGAGAUCCCUUGACAGUCAAAAUUCCACUGCCCUCCUUGCAAAUUAUCUCUACUGAAUAAUGACAUGUCUGUCACUUUGAGUUUAAGUCAACUCUCUGUUAAAUAGUCUGACCAAUGAAAAUCUUUUUGCCCAGUUUUUUUGUAGUUCACUGACCCAAAACUCCAGUGCAAUGUUAUUAUUCCUUACAAUAAACAAAAUUCUUAUUUAUUAGCCUGAAUUAGAAUACCGGUAACAAAUUUAAUUUUUAUUUAAAAAAUUUUUGGGAUGUUUUUUUUAACCUAAAAGAAAGUUUGCACUUUUUAAUUAUAUGGCAAUUCCAGAAAGAUGAAGCAAAUGGCUAAAAAAAAUGUGCAAGUUUGUAUGAUUGUAUUUUUGGCACUUUAUGAUGAAACUUUUGCCAACUUAUAUUUGAAAUGCACCAAAUUUUUUUGGCAAAAUUUUUUUGGCAAAAAUGUUAUAUAUAUACAUAAAACACUAUUAACUUUGCUCUUUCAGGGCUGCUGUUCAAAAGCCUAAAAGUGAGAUGACUCCUGAAGAGCUUUCUCAACAUGAACAGGAAGAAUUCAACACGGGUCCGUUAUCAGUUUUAACUCAGUCUGUAAAGAAUAACACACAAGUCCUAAUCAACUGUCGAAAUAAUAAGAAAUUGCUGGCUCGUGUUAAAGCCUUUGACAGGUAACAUGUCUGCUCUAAAAGUAAAAGAAUAUCUUGAUACAUUUAUUAACAAAAUUGGAUUAUCUGUAAGGAAACUUUAAAAUUUUCAUCACAGAAUACAGGAAACACUGAACUAUUGUCCAUCCAUUCACAAAUUUUUAGUUAAAUAUUAAAAUUCAUUCACGAUUGCUUGUUAGUGUUGGUUUUAUUUUAUAAAAAAAUUUUUUCAAGACUCUGCUUUUGAUAUCCGGUAAGCCAGAUGAUACCAUGAGGGUUGGAAAUAAAAUUAAUUCCGUCAGUGUUAAUUUAUGUCCUAAAAAUCAUCAUCCUGUCACUGUUUGGAAUCAUUAACUCAUUCCCUCCGGCAGUGCUACCUCCGGACUUAAUUUAUUUUCCUGAGAAAAGGGAAGCAACUCAGUUUUGAAAUUGAUUUACAUUUUUUAAAUAUUUUUUUAAGUUGCUAAAUAUUAUUUAAUGUUAAUGAAUUAAGAACAAAUGCAACAAAAAAUGAAUAAGGUUUAAUAUAAUUAUAACAUUAGCAGGGAAAAAAUAACGAACAAAGGCCAAAAAAUCGAUUUUCGGCACCUCGGGCGAACACAUGGUACAUAUAGACACGCCAUACAAAAGCACACGUAGUUUUAAAGUGAAACAAGAUAAAAACUUACGGUUUCUAAAUUAAAAUCAUGCAGAAAUCACGCCAUACCCCGAAGUCUCUAGGGACGCGAGAUUUUAUUGCUAUUUUUAACUAAAAAUAAGAGAGGUGUGUCGCUAUGCGCCGGGACGCAUUUGGACGCAUCAGGAGGAACCCCCAGAAGACGCAUUUAGUCCCAACCGUCGGGAAUGAGUUAAAGUUGAAAGUGGUAUCAUCAUUUUGAUUGAAAAAUCUUUUAGUUAAAAGAAGCUAAUUUUCUUAAAGAUGGUUUUAAGUGAUUUAUAUUUUUAUUCUCCAGGCAUUGCAACAUGGUGCUUGAGAAUGUUAAAGAAAUGUGGACUGAACAACCGAAGACUGGUAAAGGCAAGAAAAAAUCUAAACCUGUUAACAAAGAUCGUUUUAUUUCCAAAAUGUUUUUGCGAGGUGACUCUGUCAUAUUAGUCCUCAGAAAUCCAUUGGCAACUGCAAAAUAAUUUUCGUUAGUUAAAGGAAAUUGUACAUGCUUGUUCUUAUUAAAAAUUGGUACCGGUACUCAGACCUGCCUACCAAGUCAAAUUUAUUUCAGUUUGAACAAUUUUAUUUCUUUAAAUUUUAAGACUAAGAAAAUUAAACUUUUCCCUUAUAUUACAAAAAUUAUUAGCUGCAGUUUCCGUGGAGCUCAAAGAAAAGGUUACCAGUAAUGGGAAAUUGCUGUUGAUAGUCUCAAUCAAGUCCUUACAGGGGUGGUGUUUGUAGAGCACUUAAAAGAGAUGGGAUAUUACUCUCUACAUUAACUUUAAUGGAUUCUAAAUCCAUUUGUUCUAUUUUUUAUUAUUGCUUUUCAUGUUUCAUUAUUUUAUUACCAGUACUUUAAAAAAAAUUAUGAUAAGCACUUUUCUAAACAAAGUUGUGCCCAAUUGCUUAGGCAUACAAGUACAAGAGACUUUACAUGCCAAGAAAAGUAGGAUUUGGCUUAACAAUGCCCCCAAAAAAGACAACAUAACUAAUCAGCUAUAGCAUUUCAGAGAGUAAAGUUUAAGGUGACACAUUGCAAGCAAUUCUGCAGCAAAAAAUGUCUCACUUUUCAAACCUAAGGGUAGGCAGGUGGUGGGUCUGUUGCUGGUACACAGAAGUUUUAUUAUUGUAAAAAAAUGAAGGAAUUAAAAAAAUGAAGUUGAAGUUAAUGUUUUGGAUUACGUUAUGUAUGUUCAAAUUUUAUGUCUAAGUAAGCAAAUAUAGAGAUGUUUAGGAAUACAAGAAUAGCAUUAAUGAAAAUUGAAAAGCUCAAGUAUAAUUUAUUAUUGGAAUUGCUAUCACUUGAAUUCCUUUAACCCUUUACAGUCCGAAGCACCUGAAAUGCACUGAUUUUUCCCUUAAGCCUACCGUCCGUUGCGGCCAAACCUGCCCGUUUUCAUGAGUCUAGCAGCAAUAGUGAAGAAUGCGAUAUAGACAUUAAUUUAAAUGAUGCUAUGGUACUGGUACUAGAGAUAGUGAUUCAAGUGAAGAAGAUAAUAGUAAUAGUAGAGACAUCGAUGACAACAAACCUAUCAAUUCCACUCCAACUGAUGAGCAAGAUCAUGAGUGGUCUGGGAACUUUUCACAAAUCAAAGUUGGAGGUCCCAGAAACUGUUUUUAUGUGCAAACUUUUGCUUAAAUCAUUUAUUUGUACGGUACUUGGGUAUUUUUAAUUUUAUUUUCUUGCUUCUAGUUUAUUUUCUGUAAAUUAAUUAGAUAAAGAACCUUCAUUUGAAAUGGAGUUAUGUCCCCUUGCUUGGGCGCUGGGAGACGAAAAGGCUGAAUAAGCUUGGACUGUAAUGGGUUAAACAAAUAAUUGAGCAGUUUUAAUUUAGAUCUGUUGACGCAGAGUGGAUAUCUCUUCCACAUGCUUUGACAAUUUUGGACCAAGCAGAUUGCUGAUAAAUUAUUGUUGGCUUUAAAAAGUGCUGUUGGAUAACAAUUAAUAACAUACCGUAUCCAAUUUGUCUUGUUAUUUUUUUCGUUGCCACUCAAAUUUUUUAGUCAGUGGUUAGGCAGUUAUUUCUUUUUCCGUAUGAGUGUUUGAGCAGAAGAUAUAAACUUGAUGUAUGUAAAUACAUGUAUUUUACAUUUAUUAACCUUUUAAUGAAUGUGAAUUGUGACAGAUAAGCUUGCAUGUUGUUUUGUAAUAUGUUAAUACUGAUGUGUUAUUAUAUAUUGGGGGGAGGGGCAUGUUUUCACAAUUCAUCUUAUGAAAACAUUCACUUGUUUCAUCUUUUAAAGUGUCUAAUAAAUUUGUUUAUCUUUUUAACAACGAAUAGCUUUCUUUUAAUUUUCUUGUUGAUGAAAUCUGAAUAAACUACCACUACCAUUUCUACAAUAUUCAGAA